AUGGUGUGCUGCCGCCGCGUCAACCCCUUUAGGUUCUGCUCUGGCCUCCGAUUCCUUGGCUACUCUAUGAUCCUCCUUGUUGCUGCUGUCGUGGCCCUCUCGUACUACGCCGUUGUCGUCGUUGCCUGGGGCCCUCACCUUCUACGCGGGGGAUCAUCGUCUGUUCUGGCGUUCUCUGUCGUUAUCAUCUUCCACAUUUUGGUAAUCCUCCAGAGACAUUUAUGCUUUCCUGUGCUUGAUGUACAUUGUCCGGUAUUUUCUCUGUGGAUUUGAUUUUGCUUGUAUAAUUUAGAGACUACUGAUGUUCUUUUAUAAAUAACUAAAUGCGCGAAUGGUCUCCAUGAUAGUCAAAACGUUUGGUUUGAACAAGUACAGGCGAAGGAUAACAGGUGACUACCAAGAAAGAGUCCCCACAUUGUGCAGUGCUGUUUUCGUUCUAAACUAAUUUGUCACGCUCGAAUCUCAUGCUCUGUUUCUCAACCUUCCACAGCAAUUCAACAUGGUGAAUGUACCUGGUUUCUUCUGACUAUUUCCCUCUUUGGUGCAUCACGCUGUGUCACUGAUAUUGCUUCGAAAGUUCUCCCACUGUUCACUUUGCGCAUUAAAUUUUAUAUUUUUGAUCAAUCAUUUGGGCCCUUAGAGGUGUAAAAAAACACAUUCAUCCGAGUAAAAUAUUGCUUGAACCUUGCUAGAAGUCUUUCGAUUCUUGGACAAGGACUUAUUAUUCUUGUGUCACUGAUAUUGCCUCUCAGUUUCGAAUUAGGACCCUUUCUUUGUGAGACCAACGUGAGAGCCGCUUAAAUCAUAUAAAUCCACAGUGGAAAAAUAAAAUUGAACUACCUUUUUCCAUGUAUUUUAAUAAUCGAGGUAUAUCCUUCCUGCAACUCUAAGAUCUUGGAGCGCACACCCUCACUGUAGACGAAUGAAGACACCGGGAAUCAAAUCGAAGUAUUGAGCUAUUGGUCGCCAUUGCUGGCCCGCCACCUUGGGGGAGAAAUGGAAAAAACAAGAAGACGUAGUACGAGAACAAUAUAAAGGAUUUUGAAACCUGCAUGGAAGUGCCAUAAGGUUGGCCCAUGUUUGGUAUGGCAUGAUCAAUUUUCGGUUCAAGUACCAUGCAAUUUCAUGUUUAAGUUUUGAUGCACGCAUUCCCCUGGUUAUUAACCAUGAAUAAGCACAUUGAUUAAUUGGUUUGUUUAAUGAUGACAUUUUUUACCUGCAGCUUGUACUGUUGAUAUGGAGUUAUGUAAUGGUUGUCAUCAAAGACCCAGGGUCAGUUCCUGAAAAUUGGAGGCCUAUUCUAGACGAGGAAAAUGUGGAGGUGGGCACCUCUGGUACUCUAUCAGAUAUUAUUGCUCCUGAACUUAGGGCUUCCUCCUGGUCUCCGUCAGGAAGAAGACCUGAUAUCAGCUAUUGCAGUCGCUGUCAAAAUAACAAACCGCCACGCUGCCACCAUUGUUCUGUCUGUGAGGAUACUUAUUUUGAGUAUGAGAUGAUUUAUUUUAGUGACCGUUAUUUAAUGCAAUCAUCUCUCAAUUCAUUUUUCCUGGAAAAUAACUGCGUCUCUUCCGUGCAAAGUAUUCGCAUGUUGAAAAGCUCAUCUUUGUUUUUUGGGUUCUCAUAACUUUCAGCAGAGAUUCAUGGAAAGUGAAAAUUCCAUAAAGAGAUGUUGUUUAUCCCUAAAUGGAAGCUACGGAAAUGAUUGUGUUAGAAUUUAUUGAAACUUUUCAUUUAUUAAAGUAUGCUUAGUUUAUAGGUCAAUAUUAGAAAGUUUUGGGAAAUUUGUGCAUAAAAAUUUCAGUGCAGGGAUGAAUUCUUGUAAUGAACUCUUAGGUUAGCAAGUAUUUGGUGAAAUGAAAUAUACAGUACGCUCACGUGCUGUCAUAAUGCAAGAAAAAUGCUUCUGAGAAGAGGUAGAUGGCAUCAUUAGUUAGUCCAAGAAAAAAGGAUGAAAGUGAUCCAAAGGGAUAAAAGAAAGCACAAAAUUGUUCACUUUAUAAAUUCGGUUUAAUAAUUCCAAUCCUUGAUUCGAACAGAGACAAAAUUAAGAACCCAUCAAAAGAAAAUUUUGUCUUGUUCCUAUACAAGCCUUCUCCAUCCCACUUAUCCAAGAAAUGAAAACAGUGGGGAAACUACCCGACUUCUUUCCCGAAAUGGUGAAAAUUCCUUUGAAGAAAAAAAUAUAUCCCUGCCAAAUGAUCUUUUUGCGUCCAUUAUGCAUCUCUAACCUGAUAUGCAUGCCACGAAUAUUUACAACCUUACCAAGUUUAGCAGCUGAAAAUGUACUACCUUAUAAUUUGUUGGGUUAUUUUGGUGUCAUUUUCGCCCCUCAAUGCAGAUGUUACAUCAAAAUUGUAUAUUUAUCCCCGAAGUAACAGGGUUUGACUAGUGCAGCUUGAAUUUUUCCGUGCAUUAGAACAGUAGUAGUCGUCCUCACAAUAUAUAAAUUGCAUAGGCUAUAGCUCGUGUCUUAGCCCCCUCGUAUCAAAUAUCUCUGUCAGCCACCGACCUUCUUGAACCCUCCCAUUUUCUUUCGUAUUUCCACUCUCUGUAUUUGGUAUGCUUGUGAUCCUGGUGGUGGGGUGUUGGCUGGCGAUGGAAUUCAUGUUCUUCACUCGGUUAUGGAUGCAAAUUUCAUUGCUUCUCAGGCAUCAACAACUGCGAUGUCUACAGAAGCACAGACAUUGUUUCUUCUGCCAACUCUCCUUGCUUCCCUCUCCAUCCACUCCACUCUCUUCCCUUUACUUAGGCCCAAAGUAAUUCUGGUUAAAAUGAUCGGUGUGUGAGAUUUUUUUGAAAAUAUCGAUUUGAUUUGUCUGCAUAUUCACCAAAUGAAAUGUUCAACUUAAUUCCUUUUCGAAUAAAUAUAUGCAUAAGUUUACCUUGUCUAGGCAUAAAUUGCCAUGAUUUUCUUUCCCGGAGGAUGGCAUGAUGUACUUAACAUCCAAUGCCUUGUGCCUGUAGGUCAAAGAUGUGUCCUAAAGAUGGAUCAUCAUUGUGUAUGGGUGGUCAACUGUGUUGGUGCCCGCAACUACAAGUUCUUCCUUCUUUUUCUGGUACAUCCAAACACUCUUCUCCUCAAUUAUUUCGGACCCAGUUGGUUUAGAAGAUACUAUUUAUGGCUGCAUUUCUCACUUUAAUAUCAAUGUUUUCUUUGGAACCUCAACGAAAUCUUGUGCUGCACUGGUCACCCUCUUCUCUCGUAUUCAACAGGCGUGAUUUGCAUGCAAUUCCUUCAACAGAUGGGAGAAUUUCCCUCUUGACUUUAUCAGCGGUGAAUUCUUUUAUGACCAUUUAUGGAAACCCAAGUUGAAAUCCUCCAGCCUUCAUAAUUAGUGCUCUUAUCUAGGCCCAUGUGAAGCAUAAACAGUGGAAGAAGAGCAGAUAUCUCUGAAGUCAGACUUGGUAGUAUCAGGAUAAUAUUCAUUGCUGAAAAACGUGGUACCUAAGUGGGUAGACUUUAUUUGGUGGUAUCUCAGUGUUGACUUUUUCCUUUUUGCCAAUUUUGGGAGAUGGUAAGCCUUUUUUUUUUCCCCCUCGCAACUAAUGUUGAAUAUCAGUCGAGCAAAGGGAGGAAGCUCAGAUCCAGGGAAGGUAGAUAGUCAGAAUGAGAAUCUCUAGGCCGUCUACCCUGAAUCCAACGAUUAAAACUGAAACAUUCACAAGGGUUUGGAAGCUCCAAUUCAGCAGAAAUCUUACUGCCAGGCAGAAGGGUUGAAGACUUCGUGAGGAACAUAAAUGGGCUUCUUUCUAAAAUCGAUCGUUCUCAUGGAAGGUGGCCGGUAAAAAAAAAAUCCCAAUUCUGAGGGAAUCUUGGAACACUUCAGAUCACCGUUGUCGAGGGCGUGCUUUCCGCUGUGACAUGCUUCUUCUCCCUGUGUUAACCAGGUGUAUACCUUCCUUGAGACCUGCGUGGACACCAUUGUGCUGCUUCCGCGAUUCAUCAGAUUCUUUCAAGACGCCAAGAUCCACUCCAUUUCCCCUGGCAACCUCGCCGUCGUCUUCCUAGCCUUCGGUAAUCCCCACCCCCUCCCCCCCCUCCUUCCUCAUCACCGUCCUGUUCGAUGGACUUACUUCUCGCGCUGUCCCCCUCCCGCAGUACUCAACUUAGCUUUUGCUCUGAGCCUCCUCUGCUUCCUCAUCAUGCACACGUCGCUCCUCCUGAGCAACACCACGACGAUAGAGGUAACAACGCCGGCCAUUCGACCGGAUCUAUCCAUUUUCGUCUGAUGUCGCCGCUUAACUCGACGUGUGACUCCAGUGAUCUGCGCACAGGUCUACGAGAAGAGGCAGCUUCCCCGGUGGAAGUACGAUCUAGGGAAGAAGAAGAACUUCGAGCAGGUGCGCCACCUCUUCCACCAAAACGGCAUAGCUCGUUCAUUCCAGCCGAGUAACCAAAUCGCUCAUCUUCCUCCAUUUCAGGUCUUCGGCACCCACAGAGCCCUCUGGUUCCUCCCGCUGUAUUCGCCCGAGGAUCUGCAGAGCAUUCCCUUCCUCCAGGGUCUCGACUUCCCGACGCGCCCCGACGAAGACGACGACGGUUAA